AUGAGGAAAGCUGAAGAACCAAAAAUUGCUACCAGCUCUUUACUAGGCAUUGACUAUAGUAAUAAUGAGCGCGAUGAUUCAGACCACUCUUCAUCCUCGAACUCUCUAAAUGAAGAAGAAGAGGAUAUAGAAACCUUGUCCGAUGAUGAGACUUUUGAUCGUGACACUGAACUAAGGAGUAGAAAUAAAAAGAGCCAUCUUUUCCAAGAGGAGGUGGAAGAUGAUGAGGACUUUGGAGAUGACGAAUCUGUAGCUGGCGACGAUAUUGCUUUGGAAGAUAAAGACCGAGGUUUAGAUGUAACUCAUAUUGAAUCCAGCUCAAGCAUUGACACAAAAUUAAAGAAAAUGACUCCUAAGCAACUUGCGAAAGAAGAGAAAAGGAUCAAGAGGACAGGGGUUUGUUACUUGUCUAGGAUACCUCCAUUUAUGAAACCAGUCAAGCUACGUUCAGUUCUUUCUAGAUUUGGGAAAAUAGAUAGACUAUUCUUAAAGCCAGAAGAUACUACGGUUUAUCGUAAGCGAGUCAAGUACGGAGGAAAUAAGAAAAAGAACUUCACUGAAGGAUGGAUAGAGUUUGUGAACAAGAAGGAUGCAAAGUUAUGUGCUGAGACCUUGAAUGGUAACAAAUUAGGUGGUAAAAAAGGUUCUUACUAUUACGAUGAUGUAAUUAAUAUUAAAUACUUGAGUGGCUUCAAAUGGUUCGAUUUGACACAACAGAUAGCUAAAGAAAACGAGAUCAGAAAUGCCAAGCUAUCUCUUGAACUCUCCAGACAACAAAAACUUAAUAAAAGUUUCAUUCAUAAUGUUGAAAAAUCUAAAAUGGUGAACAACAUAAAAAAGAAGAGAAAAGAGAAAGAGCAUGGGGAAGGAAACGACGAAGACGUCGAAAUGAGAAGAAAUUACAAGCAGCGUAAAGUGACUAGUACCAGAGCAGAUGCAAAGGAGGAAUUAAAAGCAUCUUCUAAGCCUAAUGAUAAGUUGCACAACGUCUUGUCAAAAGUCUUCUAA